UAAGGGAAGUUAUCAGAUCACUCUUCCACGUCAACAUGGCAUCCACUUGACAAUUUUUUAUUGCAAAUCAAGAAUUAAUUAAUAAUCUCUUUCUUUUAAUUAUGGAGUAAUUCUUGAAUUGAACAUUAGAUUUGACAAUUGAGCUUAUUUUUCUUCAAAUAAUACAUGUCAGAACAGUUCAGGGACUUUAAAUUAGUAUAGCAAGUUACAACCUGCUCGGGUUGGGACAGAUAAAGACAUCAUCGGAAGAUUCCUGGAUUGUCUGGACAUGAUUCCUUAUAAGUGUGUAACUUCUGUCUCAAGUACCUAACGAAGAGGCAGUCUUUAGUCUAUGAUCUCAAGACAGAGCCAUUGGUUUAUUCCAGCCCUUUGAGAGAAAAUGGAUUUAUCUUUACUUUUGUUAUUUGGGUUAUCUUGUAUUCUGCUAAGCAAUGGAAUUAAAGUGGAAGACUGUGAUCAUCUGACAGACAAUACGAGUUUUCAAUCCUUCCAGGUUCUAGUACCAGCAGAGCAGCCUUACAGAACAGCCUAUCACUUCCAACCUCCUCAAAACUGGCUGAAUGAUCCUAAUGGGCCAAUGUACUAUGAGGGAAUUUAUCAUUUGUUCUACCAAUACAAUCCACAUGGUGCAUUGUUUGGUGAUAGUAUGUUGUGGGCACAUUCUGCAUCAUAUGAUCUUGUUAACUGGUUCAGUCUUGAUCAUGCACUCAUUCCAUCUGAGCCAUUUGACAUAAACAGUUGUUGGUCGGGUUCUGUUACAAUCCUCCCAGGGAAUAAACCAGUUAUUUUAUACACUGGAAUAGAUGCUAACAAUAACCAGGUUCAAAACCUUGCAACCCCAAAAAAUCUAUCGGAUCCAUUGCUAAUAGAAUGGAUCAAAUACUCCGGAAAUCCUCUAAUGACUCCACCAGAUGGUGUCGAGGGGGAUAAUUUUAGAGAUCCAACAACUGCUUGGCAAGGUCCAGAUAAAACCUGGAGAGUAGUCGUUGGAAGCUGGAGCAAUAACCAGGGAAUGGCCAUUCUCUACCAAAGUGAUGAUUUUGUUCACUGGACUAAGUAUCAAGAUCCUCUUUAUUCAUCAAUAAAAACUGGGAUGUGGGAGUGUCCGGACUUCUUUCCUGUAUCUAUUAAUAGCACCAAUGGGGUUGACGCUUCUGUCAAGAAUCCAAGUGUUAGGCAUGUCAUGAAGGCAAGUUUCAAUUCUCAUGACUACUAUAUAGUGGGGACUUAUGUUACUGAGCUGGAAAAAUUUCUUCCUGACACUGACUUUACUGGAACAAGUCUAGACUUGAGAUAUGAUUACGGUAAAUUCUAUGCCUCAAAGACAUUCUUUGACAGCAAGAAGAACAGGAGGAUAAUGUGGGGUUGGGUAAAUGAAUCUGAUAGUACAGAAGAUGAUAUAGAGAAAGGGUGGUCUGGACUUCAGAAGCAAACUGAUCCUCAAUGGUUGCUGGACAAUCCUUUGCAGUCAGUUCCUAGGCAGAUUUGGCUUGAUAAAACAGGAAAGCAAUUAGUGCAGUGGCCAGUAGAAGAAAUCAACAGUCUACGUGACAAUCAAGUCAGUAUUUAUGGUAAGCAACUUGAAAGUGGAUCAAUUUUUGAAGUUUCAGGCAUCACGGCUUCACGGGCUGAUAUAGAAAUAAUGUUUGAGUUACCUGAACUAGAAGAGGCUGAGUUCAUGAAUAGCAGUUGGGUUGAUCCCCAACUAAUCUGUGACAGAGAAGAUGCAUCUGUCACUGGAACAUUUGGACCAUUUGGUUUAUUAGCUUUGGCAACAAAGGACUUAACAGAACAAACAGCAAUUUUCUUUCGGGUUUUUACAGGCCAAAAGGGAUAUAGAGUACUUAUGUGCAGUGACCAGAAGAGGUCUUCUUUGCGAAAUGAGUUAGAUAAAACCACAUAUGGAGCCUUUGUAGAAAUUGAUCCUAGCCAGGAAAUGAUUUCACUAAGAAGCUUGAUAGAUCACUCCAUAAUAGAGAGUUUUGGAGGAAAUGGAAAGACUUGUAUCACCACUAGAGUUUAUCCAAAGCUUGCUGUCAACAAUGAAGCCCACCUUUAUGCAUUUAACAAUGGAACUCUCAGUGUAACAAUUUCAAGAUUGAAUGCCUGGAGUAUGAACAAAGCUAGGAUUAACUGCAGGGGAGGUUUGGAGAAUACAGCAUCAUGCUAGAAAAGAGAAAACAUAUCUGAGGCCUUCUUGAUUUAUUCCACACUAUCCAUGUGGUGAAAGCAAUAACAAGCUGGCCCAUUUUUUUAUGUCUUGGCAAUCACAGUUACUAAUACAAUGGUCAUUGGUGAAACUUUUGUAGUCUAUAUGUUCAUUUUCCUUCUGUCUCUGGAUUUGCAAGCCCCAAAAAGGACUUUUGAAAAACUUAGAAAUGAAAAGAAAACACUUUUAUUCAACCUUAUAAAAGAGCUAAAUAUUGCUUGAUUUUUACUAUUAUUAUGCUUCUUUGCCUUCUAGUGGUGCUGAAAUGAUGGGUGAGGUUUUAUAACGGCACAAAUCAAUGACUAGUGCAUUGGGGCCACCAAAAGUGCAGUCACAAGGCAAGAUCUCUCAUUUAUCUCAUCGGGAAAUCAAUUAACCUUGUUCUCUUCCUGGGGACUCUUGAAAUUUGAUUUUGGAAUCGCUGAGAUUUAAAAAAAAAAAAAGGCCAGUGAAGAUUCCUUGAAGUUGGGGUUGAUUAGGCCAAUUCCCUAUGUCAUAUUCAUAACAUGGCAGAAACAAGAAACUUUAACAACCAGUCUAAGACCCAAGUUCAUCUCGUGGAUACUACUUCAGGGAAACAGAUACGUCUACCCUUGAUAGAACCAAAAUUUUCGUUUUAAAAGUAUACUUGGUAGAUUUCCACCUUGACCU